AAAAAAAAAAAAAUGUUGUAAAUCAAAAUAUAGAUCCCGCUCAAACUCAUACUAACCCAACUCAAAAAAUCAUUUUCAGAACAGAGAAGAGAAGAGAAGACGACAAUAAAUCAUUUUUUAGGGUUUUUGAAAGUUCAAACUUCAGUCUUUGAUGAUUUGACUGAGACCACCACCUCCGGCCAAGAAGAUCUGGAAAUUUAGAGAUUGGACCAUUCUAACGGGUUCGAAUUAUUUGUUUUACUCUUUGAAUAAUAUAUAUGGGCAGUGAGCUAUUUGGAGUUGGUUUUUGAAAUUAUUUCAUGUCCGCCGCCUCUUCUCGCCGUAUUAAAGACCGGUCCGGUCGUACUGCCGGACCCAAAAUUGCUGCAACUGGUAAGUCCUUUAAGGCAAUUACUCCGAUUCCCAUUUCAGACAGUAGGUUUUCUACUGGAAAGGAGAAUGGGUCUGGGAUCACUUCCAAGGUUCAGAAACCUGCUAUCCGACCUGUGACACGUGUAGAUAAGGCUUUUGUGUCUGGGGGAGUGACCGGAGGCGAUGCUCGGACUCGGUGGUCCACUUCGUCGUCUGGGCCGAGAGGUCGAAGCCCUAGCCCGUCUGAUUUUUCGAGGAUGGUGUUGGAUGUCCGAAAGGAGCGGAGGGUUUCGGUGGAUAGAACCGAUAGGGCUUUUUCGAGCACUGGAAAAAGUUUUGAAGGUUCUAGGGUUUCGGAUUGUGGGAAGCAGAAGAAGAGAUUUGGUGAUUUGGGCUCGAAAAGUAGCGAAUUGGGCUCGAAUGGAAUUAGGGUUUUUAGGGAUAGUAAAGUUAGUGGUGUGAUUUCGGAGAAAAUGAGUAAGGUUCGUGGGGUUUGGGAAGGGAAAACAAUGGAAAGUGAAAAGUGUGGAAAUGGGAAGAAUGAUACAAGCUUAGAUUUGAGGAAUGGAGUUGAUGUUGGUAAGGCUAUGGCGAAUUGUAUCAAGAAAGAGAGCGCAAAGAAAGCUCGAGUAAAGGUGGAGAUAGAUGACUUGCCUUUGAAGCUUGCUAAAGAUGAAAGCUUUGGGAAGAAGGAGAUGGAGGAGAAGUCUGUAAAUGUUUUGGAUGUUGCUAAGGAGGGAAAGGUAAGUGAAGCUGGUGUUGAUGGUCGGGAUUGUAAUAGUUAUCCGAGUAAGCUACAUGAGAAGCUUGCUUUCUUAGAAGGGAAGGUUAAGAGAAUUGCUUCUGAUAUCAAGAGGACUAAGGAGAUGUUGGAUUUGAAUAAACCAGAUGAGUCAAAGGUGAUACUUUCGGAUAUUCAAGACAAGAUUUCGGGGAUUGAGAAAGCUAUGGGUCGUGUUGCUGGUGAUUCUGGUUCGAAGUUAAGCACUUUGAAAGGAAAUGAGAUUGGUGAUCAGAAGGUGAAAACUGUUGUGAGCGAUCAGCUUGAUCUGGUGGACAACAGUAAAAGCUCGGUGAACGGUUUAAACAGUGAUGAAUUGGAAGCUAGACUGUUUCCACAUCAUAAAUUGCUCAGAAAUCGGGUUAUAUCAUUAAAACCCUCAUCAACAAAUUCUCAAAGUGUUGAAUCGAAGGCAGUUGAUAAGCCAUUGAGUUCCAUUGAUGAUAACCCAAUAGCAAUAGAAUUCUUGGCUUCCUUGAAUAAGGAGGGAACGAAAAUCACAACAAGGGAAAUGAAUGCUGGUAUGGAAUGUUAUGAUGCAGAAGAAGCUGAUGGUGUAGAGUUGGAAGCUGGGGGAUGUUCUUCGGACAUAAUGAUUCAGAAAGAAAAUGCCGAGCUUCUUCUAACAGCCGAUGAAGCAAUUGAUGAAUUUGAAGAUCAGGAGAAUAGACAGAUGGUUGAUGAUGAAACUGAGGAAAAUAGUAUUUACCAGGUGAAUGAAAUAGGCUGCAAAACAUCAACAGGAGGCUGGUUUGUGUCUGAAGGCGAGUCGGUUCUCCUUGCUCAUGAUGAUGGUUCGUGUACUUUUUAUGAUAUUGUUAACAAUGAGGAAAAGGCGGUGUACAAGCCUCCUGCUGGAGUAUCUCCUGGUAUAUGGAGAGACUGUUGGGUAAUUCGAGCUCCUAGUGCAGAUGGAUGUUCGGGAAGGUAUGUUGUGGCUGCAUCUGCGGGGAAUGCUUUGGAUUCGGGUUUUUGCUCGUGGGAUUUCUACACCAAAGAAGUGCAUGCUUCUUAUUUUGAAAGAGUACCACCACCUUCAAGAACAGUGCUUGGUCCCUUACCGAACAAUAUUUCACACAGAAAUUCCUUGUCCAAUCCUAUGGAUCCAGAAACUCGACAAUGGUGGUAUAGACCUUGUGGAUCUCUUAUUGCUUUAACUUCUAGCUCUCAGAGAGCGGUGAGAAUAUUUGACAUUCGUGAUGGAGAAGAAAUGAUGGAAUGGGGUGUAUCAAAGCCUGUGUCAACAAUGGAUUAUUCAAGCCCCUUGCAGUGGAGAAAUAGAGGAAAAGUAGCCAUUGCUGAAGCUGAAACUAUCUCUCUUUGGGAUGUAAACUCCAUCAGCCCUCAAGCAUUACAAUCAGUUUCCUUAUCUGGUCGAAAAAUCUCUGCUUUUCAUGUGAAUAAUACUGAUGCUGAGCUCGGUGGAGGUGUUCGACAAAGGCUAAGUUCAUCAGAAGCCGAGGGAAACGAUGGUGUAUUCUGCACUCAAGACACCAUUAACAUUAUGGACUUUCGCAACCCAUCUGGUAUAGGUCUUAAGAUACCAAAGCUCGGUGUGAAUGUACAGUCGGUUUUCUCACGUGGGGAUUCUGUCUUUCUUGGUUGCUCAAACGUGAGAACAUCAGGGGUGAAAAGGCAGUCCACCUCAGAAGUGCAGCAAUUUUCGCUGCGUAAGCAGAAGCUAUUCAGCACUUACUCGUUGCCUGAAUGCAAUGCCGAUAGCCAUUAUUCAGCAAUCACUCAAGUUUGGGGAAAUUCGAAUCAUGUCAUGGCUGUUAGUGGAUUGGGGCUGUUUGUAUUCGAUACAUGUACAGACAACGAUCUUGAUCCGUAUACAAGCGAUGAAGAUAAGUCUCAAAUGGUUAGAGAAAUUGUUGGCCCUGAUGAUAUGUAUUCACCGUCUUUCGAUUAUUCAGCAUCUCGCACUCUUCUGAUAUCCAGAGAUCGCCCGGCGAUAUGGAAGCAUUUGUCUUAAGACGAAACACUACUGCUUGCUUUCCAACUCGAAAGCAUAAAAUUUAUUAGGUAAUAUGAGGCUAUGGGCAUGACAUUAUGCUAUGCUGUAUUUCUUUCUGUUUUUUUUAGUUGAUUAUUGAUUGUGUUUGUAUGGUUUUUCUAGAUCAACUUUGUUAUUUAUUGAUAGAAAAUGGAAGUUAAUCUCUCUGUCAUGCUCUGCUGUAUUGCUAGGGAAAAAGUUACAUCAGAACAUUGAACAGAAAGUAGAUAACAAUAAUCAUUAAAAUCAUGUAAUGUUAGUGUGUUUAUUAUUCACUAUGAUUUUUCAGUACAGAGUUUGCAAUUUUUGAUUC